AUGGCCUCAGCAGCUCGCAACAACCUCCGACGAGCUCUGCUCUACGUCCCCGGCUCGUCUCAACGCUUCCUCGACAAAUCCCGCUCUCUGGCCGCAGACUGCGUCGCCUACGACCUCGAGGACAGCGUAACUCCGCACAAAAAGGCAGAGGCACGCCAACUCGUGCGGAGAGCCAUUGACCAAGCAGCUCCGACGCAGAUACGUGAGCGGGCGGUGCGAAUCAAUUCUGUAGAUAGUGGGUUGGCGUUGGCUGAUUUGACUGAAGUUUUGCAAUCACCAAACCUGACGACCCUGGUCGUGCCAAAAGUCAAUUCAGCUUCUGACCUGACUUUUAUCAACGACGUGAUAACUCACACUCUGAGAAAAGAAGAAAGGAAAACACCAAUUUCGAUCCUGGCGCUCAUCGAGUCCGCAAAAUCAAUCACCAAUCUCAAUGAAAUCUGCCGCGCAACCCCUCUCCUUCAAGGCCUCAUCUUCGCCGCUGAAGAUUUCGCGCUUGAUCUUAGUCUUACGCGCACCCCGUCUUUAACGGAGUUUCUGUUCGCGAGAUCAGCCAUUGUCACAGCUGCAAGGGCGCAUGAUCUCCCCUCAACGAUUGACCUGGUCUGCACAGCAUACAGAUCCGACUCCGCCAAACAACUACUAGAAGAGGAAUCGCGAGGCGGGAAGAGGUUAGGCUUUAAUGGCAAACAAUGUAUUCACCCCACGCAGGUCGAGACUGUGCAGCGAGUAUUCAGUCCCGAGGCGGAGGAGGUUGAAUGGGCGGUUCGGGUUAUGAUUGCAGAUGCAAAAGCAGCCGAGGCGGGUAAGGGGGCGUGGACGUUGGAUGGGAAGAUGAUUGAUGUUCCUGUUGCGGAGAAGGCGAAGAGUAUUGUGCGGAGGGCGGAGGCUUGUGGGUUGGAUAUUGAGGCAUUAAAGGAGCAGUGGAAGGGGCAGGAGCCGGAAUAA